GUCACCAAAGCACACAGAACAGUUGUUUUGUUGCAAACUUCUCGAUUUUAACCGAGUUUUGCAUAGUUUUUUGGUAAAUAGUUAAUCUAUUUAACUUUUAGAACGUUGUUUCUUAUCUGCCGGCUAAACAAAACGGAGGGAAAAAACUUCACACCCCCUAUCUAACAACACUUCUAAUAGAAAUGGUGGCAAACGCUGAAAUUCCAUAUGACGCAAAGCAGCUUUCCAAUGUGCGAGUAAAUCUUGCGUGCGUGGUCCGUUCUGUUGACCUGUUGACCUCAGCUGUUAUCAAACGCGUCACAGAUGCCGAAUUUCGGGAGUACACUCUACAAGCAUUAAAACUAACCGAUCUAACCACACUCGCCGGCGAUGAUACGGAAUCGAAUGUUGCGCGCCUCUGUUUUCGGGCUGCGUAUCCAUUUUCGGAUCUUAAUGUCCACGCCCAGCUGAAAGGACAAGUGCAUACGGCGGCUGUGUGUGUCUAUCCGAGCCGUGUGGCCGAUGCACACCGGGCGCUUGAAGCACUGGGAAUGCUCAAUCGAAUUCAAAUCGCUUCCGUUGCGACAGGUUUUCCUUCUGGGUCGUAUCCACUCAAAACGCGCCUAGAGGAAAUACGCUUCGCAAUCGAGCAAGGAGCCAGCGAGAUUGAUAUAGUGAUUGAUCGAAGCUUAGUGUUGACCGGAAAAUGGCAGGAAUUGUACGAUGAAAUCGUCGCCAUGCGCAAGGCUUGUGGCGAUAAAGUUCACUUGAAGGCGAUCCUUGGCAUCGGAGAGUGUGGCACAAUGGUUAACGUUUAUAAAGCCUCAAUGGUGGCUAUGAUGGCUGGAUCGGACUUUAUAAAAACAUCCACGGGUAAGGAGGCCGUGAACGCCACACUUCCGGUCGGACUGGUUAUGAUUCGUGCCAUUCAGAAGUUUUAUCGUCUGACGGGAAAGAAGAUUGGUCUGAAGCCGGCCGGUGGCGUACGAACGGUUCGGGAUGCUAUCGCGUGGAUGAUCAUGAUUCGGGAAACACUGGGCGAGGAGUGGCUGAAACCGGAGCUGUUCCGAUUCGGUGCAUCCGGUUUGCUGGAUGACAUCGAAAAGCAGUUCUAUGCCGUUUCGAAACGAUUGUAAGAUUGAAAAUCUCGUUAACGAAAAAUGAAAUAUUACGGAGAGUUUAUAAAGCAAGAAGGAACUACACCAUUCCUACCUCUACAAUCCAUUAAUAUCUAUAAAAAUACAUAUUGUUUCUGUUUUC